AUGACAUCGUACAGCGCAACGACUUCCGAGGAGGAUUGCACAAUUUACGAAGCCUUGGAUUUGCUUGAAAAUACUUACAAGGUUAAUAUGAACAUUAUCUCGCCCAUCAUCUGGGGAGAGGAAUCAGUUGAAAUCUAUAAAAAACGGGGCCAGUUUGGUGGAACUCUUAAUCGUACUACUCCGGAACAGGUACUGGAACUUCUAGAUGGUUUGCGUAUGUGGAAGACUGUCCUGAAUCAUUCGAGGCCAGUAAUGACUGACGUGGAUGGCGAGAUUCAUGACAGCAAAGUCCUCUACGAUGUUCGAUUCCUUCUUCGGUUAUUCUUGAGCAUGAUGCACCCAGGGUCAGAGUUGAAAUACCGCCCAUUCGUGGAGCGAAACGGAUUGGCUCUGGCGUUUUCAUGCACUUCAUCGAAGGACGUCACCAUUCGCAAGCUGGCUUACUGUGUCUUGCAGAAGUUCUUGUCCUUGCUGCAUGAACUCGACAUUGAUACAGCUGCUGAUCGCUAUAAAAAUCUUUAUGUCUACUUGCUACGAGUUUUCAAACAAAGUAUUGAAACGGAAGCGCCGAGAUUACCUCACAUGGUGUCGCACUUUUUUGCUCGAGUUUCAAAACUCAUUAUUCACCCGGAGUCGCCAGUGUAUACAGCUGUCCUCUCUUUCCUCAUUUUGAAACCUGUCAUUGACCUGAACAACGUCCCAGAAAUUUAUAAAAUGCUACUCAGCUCAUCGACAGAUUACCAUAAGCAAGAACGUGAGUGGAUGUUGACGCUGAUUUUGGAAGGUCUUAUCGAGCCAUUGGAUUACAACGUACUUCAAAAUCGUUCUGGUAUUAAACUGUUACUGGCGUUAUUCCCAACUUGUAUGAUUGAUAUGGUAUCUCGUCGUCUGAUUCUUAGUAUUCUGAAAGCAGCAGUGCAAAUGCCAUCCGUUGCACACGACUUGUUCUAUAGAUGA